UGGGGGGAGAGGGAGCCGCCGCUCCUGAGGCGACGGCAGCGGGACGGGGAGGCGGGAUCAUUCCGGGAUCGAGAUCCGCCGGGAGCGGGAUCAUCCCGGGAGCGGCAGGCGGGAUCAUCCCGGCAUCGAGAUCCGCCAGGAGCGGCAGGCGGCGUCAUCCCGGGAUCGGCCGGGAGCGAGAUCCGCCGGGAGCGGGAUCAUCCCGGGAGCUGGCGGCGGGAUCGCCCCGGGCUCCCCUGGGAGCGGGCUCCGCCGGGAGCGAGCUCCGGCCGCCGCUCUGCCGCUCUCUCCCGCUGGCCGCGCAGUUAUAACACAUGGUUUUAAUGCUCCAUCUGAACAACUGAGAUGAGACUGAAGACUUCCCUUUUAAAGGAGCCAAAACAUCAGGGCCUGGUGAGCGGCGUGGGCUGGAGCUCGGCGGAGGAGCUGCUGUCGUGCAGCGAUGACGGGCGGGUGCUGCGCUGGAGCCUGGGCAGCAGCGAGGCCGUGCCCGUGCUGGCGCUGCCCCACGGGGUUCAUGCCCUGGAGCUGCACUGCUGCCCCAGGGGCAGCGCUGGCAAAAAGCAACCCCAGGCUGAGAGCGUUGUGCUCACCAGCUCUGAUGGGAAAUUCCACUUGAUUUCCAAGCUGGGAAGAGUGGAGAAAAGUGUAGAAGCCCAUUGUGGAGCUGUCCUUGCAGGAAGGUGGAAUUAUGAGGGAACAGCCCUGGUUACAGCUGGGGAAGAUGGGCAAGUGAAAAUCUGGUCCAAAAGUGGAAUGCUGAGAUCCACCCUGGCCCAGCAAGGAACUCCAGUGUACUCAGUGUCCUGGGCCCCUGACUCUGACAAAGUUCUGUUCACCUCAGGGCAGCAGCUGAUCAUCAAACCCCUGCAGCCAAAUGCCAAAAUUCUGCAGUGGAAGGCCCACGAGGGUUUGAUUUUGAAAACAGACUGGAAUUCAGUGAACGAUCUGAUCCUGUCUGCGGGCGAGGAUUGCAGGUACAAGGUGUGGGACAGUUUUGGCCGUGCCCUGUACAAUUCCCAGCCCCACCAAUAUCCCAUCACUGCCAUUGCCUGGGCCCUGCAUGGAGAAUUGUUUGCUGUGGGAUCCUUCAACACCCUGAGGCUCUGUGACAAAACUGGGUGGUCCUAUGCCCUGGAGAAGCCCAACACGGGCAGCAUUUUUGCCAUUUCGUGGUCCAUCGAUGGCACCCAGCUGGCAGGGGCCUGUGGGAAUGGCCAGGUCAUCUUUGCCCACCUGCUGGAGCAGCACUGGGAGUGGCACAACUUCCAGAUUACCCUGAUUAAGAGGAGAACCAUGAAGGUUCACAACGUCAGCAACGACGCCGUGGAUCUGCUGGAAUUCCGGGACAGGGUCAUCAAAGCCUCCCUCAAUUACGGAUUCCUGGUGGUCUCCACUUCCCUGCAGUGCUACGUCUUCUCGACAAGGAACUGGAACACUCCAUUGAUUUUUGACCUGAAGGAAGGAACUGUGAGUUUGAUUCUGCAAGCAGAGAGGCAUUUCCUCCUUGUUGAUGGAGGAGGAAUUUAUUUAUAUUCCUACGAGGGCAGGUUGAUUUCCUGCCCAAAAUACCCAGGCAUGAGAACGGAAAUUUUAAACGCCCUGACCGUGUCCCUGAGCAACGACACCCUGGCUGUGAGGGACAGGGCUGAUGAGAAAGUUAUCUACAUCUUUGAAGCUUUGUCUGGGAAGCCACUGGGGGAUGGAAAGCCUCUGACCCACAAGACAGAGAUUGUGGAGAUUGCUUUGGACCAGAAAGGGCUGACCAGUGAGAGAAAAAUAGCUUUUAUUGAUAAAAACAGAGAUCUUUUCAUCACCUCAGUGAAAAGGUUUGGGAAAGAGCAGAAGAUUGUCAAAAUAGGGACGAUGGUGCAGAGCCUGGCCUGGAAUGACGGCUGCAAUAUCCUGUGUGGAAUUCAGGAUUGCAAAUUCACAGUCUGGUAUUAUCCCAACACUGUCUACGUGGACAAAGACCUCCUCCCAAAAACCCUCUAUGAGAAAGAUGCCAGUGAGUUCAGCAAGAGCCCUCGGAUCGUGAGCUUUGUGGGGAGCCAGGUGACCAUCAGGAGGGCGGACGGCUCCCUGGUGCACCUGCGCAUCUCCCCGUACCCCGGCAUCCUGCACGGCCACGCCGGCUGCGCCCGCUGGCAGGACGGGCUCAGGCUCUGCAGGUUUGUCAAGGACCAGACCCUGUGGGCUUGUCUGGCUGCCAUGGCCGUGGCCAACAAGGACAUGAGCACGGCUGAAAUCGCCUAUGCAGCCAUUGGGGAGAUGGACAAGGUGCAGUACAUCACUGCCAUCCGCGAGCUGCCCUCCAAGGAGUCCCGGCUGGCCCACCUGCUGCUCUUCAGUGGCAACAGCCAGGAGGCCGAGGCGCUGCUGCUGCAGGCGGGCCUGCUCUACCAGGCCAUCCAGAUCAACAUCAACCUCUACAACUGGGAAAGGGCCCUGGAGCUGGCAGUGAAGCACAGGACACACGUGGACACGGUCCUGGCCUACAGGCAGAAAUUCCUGGAGGAUUUUGGGAAGAAAGAAACCAACCAGAGGUUUCUGCAAUAUGCACAAGGGCUGGAAGUGGAUUGGAACAAAAUCAAAGCCAAGAUCGAGAUGGAGAUUGCCAAAGAGAGGGAGCGAGCAGCGGGGAGGAGCAGCGUGACCGUGCAGCAAUAAUUCACAUUUUUCACCUCCAAAAUUCACAUUUUUCACCUCCAAAAUUCACAUUUUUCACCUCCAAAAUGCUGCUGCAAUAUUUGGAGCUGCUCUGUUGUGCAAACAAAGCCACAGCAAAAAUCCUGAGGGCUCAGGAAUGGGAUUUCUGUGGGUUUGAAUCCUUGGGUCACACACAAAAAAAAUUCAUUAUUUCAUUUGGGUUUAUAUUCUGCUGUAGUGCUGGCUACAUAAAUGAGAAAAAAGAGAAUGAACAGUUCCUCUCUCAGUGAUUUUAAAUGUUCAAUAAAUGAGAAAAAAGAGAAUGAACAGUUCCACUCUCAGUGAUUUUAAAUGUUCAAUAAAUGAGAAAAAAGAGAAUUAACAGUUCCACUCUCAGUGAUUUUAAAUGUUCAAUAAAUGAGAAAAAAGAGAAUUAACAGUUCCUCUCUCAGUGAUUUUAAAUGUUCAAUAAAUGAGAAAAAAGAGAAUGAACAGUUCCACUCUCAGUGAUUUUAAAUGUUCAAUAAAUGAGAAAAAAGGGAAUGAACAGUUCCUCUCUCAGUGAUUUUAAAUGUUCAAUAAAUGAGAAAAAAGGGAAUGAACAGUUCCUCUCUCAGUGAUUUUAAAUGUUCAUUGCCAUUAAUAUUUGUUAACCUCUACUGAAAUGAGAAUUUAAGCCCCAAAUUUGAGCAGUUUGGUUCUUUCUGCACCCUCAGGGACCUCUCCAAUUGUUCCAAUUGCCCCAAAACAAAUUGAGCAAACUGAAAAUGCAAAAAAAUGCAAAAAACAAAUAAAAAAAGGAGCUUGAGCCUCUCCUGUACAAACAUUUCCCUCACAGCUGUGGGAAUCCAUAUUUGUUAGUGAGUUCUUUAAUUUCAGAUAAUUCCAGCUGCUCAGGUUUGUCACUGAGCAAAGCAUUCAGCAGUAAAAUGAUUUUUUUGUUGUUGUUUAAAAUGCUUUGGAACGUGCUUUCAGGUUUGCUGGAAGUAACAAACAGCAUUUGUAGCAUCUGAUGUGUAAAAUCGACAAGAAUAUUUAAAAUAAGAGAAUAUUUCCUGUGGUUUUUUUUUUUUCAAAUAUUUACAAAUGUUUUUUUUUUUUCAAAUCACUUGAUUUGUAAAUAUCUUUUUAAUUUCUGUUCUUUCAUCGAGUUCUCUCUGUUUCACACCCCCAGCUGGCUGCAUUCCCUUCCUGUUAUAAAUAUAUUUCCAAUUUAUUCAUCACCGACAGGGUUUAUUGUGUAUCUCUCAAAUGUUACCAGCAAAAUGUUAAAUAUCUGCACAGACAGCAAAUUUGUCAAUCAUUCUGUGACCCUUCCCUGCACAGUUCAUCGAUUUCUUAAUAAAACCAAAUCAAAGUGGAGAA